GUCGGAACAUGCUCGAAACGAUCCUCGAACUGUGUAUGCCUGCGCUUGCACGAUCCUGACAUGCACGGACGGCUGGAGAGGCCUUUUUCUUCGAUGCACGCCCGUAGUCUUUGAUGCCUCACAGGAGGAGCUGCAGCAAGAGCAGUGUGAGUGCAGCCGAAAGAGGGAGACGUGCCUAGGAGGGGGGGGCAAAGACUUGGAAUCGACUGCUUAUCGCCAACAGCUCGGGGAUGAGCCCCCCCUCCGAUGGGGAGGCCCCGCGCUCCGGGCGGGCCAGGGCGCCCGGGCCGAGAUCGGCGAGGCAUUAUUGGCGAUGGGAAGUCCAUGCUCACCCCCUGAGCGGUCUCUCCCCAUGCAAGACGCUAAUACAGCUAAUACAGCAUCGCGUUCGGCGAUCGGGGGGGGCCCUUGGGCCCGCACCAAAGGUCACUCUGGCGAAAGGUCACUCGUACGUGUAGUCGACUCUAGGCCUCAGAGAUUGGCGAUGGGAAGUCCAUGCCCACCCCCCGAGCCAGUCUCUCCCCAUGCAAGAUGGGGGGCAAGCAGGGUGUUUCUUGGCAUGGGGUCCCACUGUAUGGGAGGCCCCGGCACAAUGCAUGGCUAAGCGCUGGCACAAAAGAAACCGCCGGGUGGCCACGGAGCACACAGCUCCACCACCGCCAGAUCUCGGCGCACUCCGAUGAUUAUCAGAGGCACCCUCGGUCGCCGCCGAGGAGGAAGAUAGGGAGGGACGACGACGAGGAGGAGGAGGAGGCGGAGGAGGAGCCCGCGAGGCCCUGGACGGCGCCCUGCUCACCACACGGCCAGCGGCCUGCCGAUCCCCCGGACUCGCCCGCGGGCGCGGCCGCGCGCGAGAGCGCCGCGGCGCUUCCAGCGGAGCGCCUACAGCUCCUCCCGGGCCGCGUGGUGCCUCUGCAGGACCUCCAGGCGCUUCUUCCUCGUGCCCGACUUCCGCAGCUCGGAGAUCUCGGCCGCCAGCUCGUCGGGGCUCUUCUUGGCGUAGCUGCUGAUCACCUUCCGGACCCUGCCCCUGCAGCCCUCGCCAGUCCUGUAGUCGCAGUUCGGGUCGUUGGCGGGGUCUACGGCCGCCACACUCCGCCGCUCUCCGUUGUCGCCCACUGGCGGCGCCUCUGGCGGCGCCUCCGAAGGCGCCUUCGGCGGCGCCUUCCGUGCGGGCCGUCUUGAGCCGGCGGCAGGUCUGGGAACUUGACCCAGUGCUCGCCGCAGUGUGCGACGAGCGGCAGCUGAUGCAGCAGCAGCGCGGCCACCAGCCGCGACGCGAGGCGCGCUCGUCGAAGGGCCAUCGCACGGCCGGUACCCGCCGCAGGCGAGGGCCAACACCAACCAGGCGAGACGGCGAGCUCGAGCUUCAGGGAAUCUCAAAGGUCGAAGACCCUACGCUCCUGGUGUCGCAAUUCUCUCACACCAGGCGAUUCCGCCCAGCCACGGUGAGUCGAACAGCUUUUUGGACUUGAGCUCCGACGGUGUCCUUGGCUGUACGGCCGACGACGGGCACAAGGCGCAUGAUGGGGCAGCACGGCACAAGCACUUCCCGUCUACGUCCUGCGAGGCCAGCGAGAGGAUUCGAGCAUUUAUAGAAAUCCAAG